GAGGCACUUUGAUGCAUUGAUACAGCAGAGAGCUCACCUUGUCUCCGGCUGGCUCGCCCGCCCGCAGUACCCGCCGCCUCCACAGCAGGGAUACGGCGGCCCUCCUCAGCCUGGAUACGGAGGAGGAGGGUAUGGUGGACCUCCUCAGGGCGGCUAUCCUCAACAGGGCUACCCGCAGCAGUACCCUCAGCGUGAGUGUGCCCAAGCAGGAAGCGACGCGGUUGGCCAAUGCUCAAACCCCUUCCCCUUGCCAUCCCGCCCGCGUCUACAGAGAACAUGAGCCAACUUGAGCAACGACAGCAGAAGGUCAAGGACAAGUGGGUAGGAGACGACUAGGACACGAUGCAAGGAGAAGCCUUAGCUGACCCUGCCAACCUCCUCUCCACCCGCGCGUUCGUAGGCAUGGAUGCUGCGGACCAUGCUGCGCCUGCUGUGUUGGAGCUCUUGGUGAGCAGCUCCAUCGAGAAAUCCGGGCGAAUCGCUGCUCGAACUGACCCGUCUUCUUUGCCCUCGCCCUCGCACAGCUUGCUGCUGUCUCGAGGACAUUGCGUGUGCCGAGUGUCUCGACUGCAUCUUCUAAGCAGACGACGUCGACCGGGCGCGAGCUGCCUUGAUCGCACCAGCGAGCCGUCGCCUACAGCUGGACAUCAAAGUCACGACGCGGUUGCAAAAAUUGCCCUCUUCCCCUUUGUACCCUCCCCUGCUUCCUCUGCCAGCUCUAAUCAAACACACCUUGGCCCUGCUCAACACACGCACCGCAUCGUCUCCACGCUGUUCUCGCGGGUACGGAUACAAGACUCGUGACAUUGCAAAGAAACCGAAUGAGAGGUGGAAAGCAAAAGCAGGUUGAGCAGUCGAUGC